GUCAUACCAUACGCAUGUUAUUGAUUAUUGAUUUUCGUAAAUUUCAUUUCAAUGAUUUUUCAUAUAUCUGACAAUAUGUUUAACGAUUGAAGGUAAAUUUGGAUUUAGAUUUCAAAUUGUAAGCGAAUUGUUUACUGUACUGCAUUUUUAUCAUAUGAUGCAGAACUUAGUCAUGAUACUCAACAUCUCAUUGUGCAGUGGAAAAUAUUACAUCGUUUAUUAAUGCGUUUAUAUUCACAACAUAAUUAAAGCAUUGUACAUUAAGCAACCAUGGACUUCAGUUCGCUCAACCCAAACACUUCCAACCCAUUGAACAUAGCUGCAAGGAAUAACGAUUUUCAAAAUGUGCACCGUUUGUUGAAGAAAGUGAAUCCUAAUUGCGUGGACAAUAGAGGAUGGACCUGUCUUCACGAAGCUGCUGCAAAUGACAGCUAUCAGAGCUUGGUGCUCAUUCUUGAGCACCCUGACUGCAGACCUUUAGCAGAAACACACGAAGGCCACACAGCUUUGUACUUAGCUUGUCGUCAUCACAGUUCUUUGCAAACGAUUAAAGCUUUACUAGACAGUGCUGAAGAUAUUGCCAACUAUGGCAGUAUUGAGAGUGUUACGCCUCUACAUGUAGCCAGUACUCAAGGGAGAGUGGGAGUUAUACAGCUCUUAAUUGACCAUGGAGCGAUGAUAGAUGUACAAGAUUUUGAUGGAGACACAGCUUUGCAUGAUGCAGCUUUGGCAUCAAAGUUAAAGUCUGUAACUGUAUUAUUACAUGCCGGAUGUGACCCGUCUAUUAAAAAUGAAACUGGUUACACACCGUUUCACUUAGCAUGCUUUACUGGUAGAUUUAAUAUCAUAAAAGCAAUGCUACCUUUCAUUGAUGACAUAAAUGAAUUUACUGCCAAUGAAGAUACGCCACUAAUAAUAGCUUGUAAUGGUAACAAUGAAAAAAUUGUCCAGUUUUUGCUAGACAAUGGUGCAGAUCCUCAUAUAAAAAAUAAAGAUGGUUUCUCAGCUUCAGAUAUAGCAUUCAAUCAGGGUUGUGAUGGUACAUUUAAUCUACUUUUGGGUGUUACAAAUAAAGAGGAGAUAAACAAAGAUAUUAUUUUGUUAGCAUGUAAGCCACACCACUACAACUAUAAUAUUUUAGAGAGUCUACUGAACCAUGACCUGGGGCCAGAAUUCUUUGACUUUUACGAGGAGUUUGUUGUUAUGCUGGAGCAUUUUGGAGGCCUGCAGCCUCAUUACGAGUCCAAUGCUCCGUUAAACUCUUACUUGAAUAUUUGUGAAUAUAUUUACAAUAGUGCAUUUGAGGCUUUUAGAAAAUUCUUUUACCUGUUCCUCAUGAAUGGUGUUGCAGUAAAUGCUCUGCAAAGGGACGAAUGCCCUCCACUUGUGUACAUACAUUACUCUGGCCAUAGCAGUUGUUUUGAAGAGGUAUUUAAAAUACUUAUUGAGCACAACUGCAAUGUAGACUAUUCAAGCCUAUCCACAAACAACAGUAAACAGCGAAUACUCCCAGAUGCCUUCAUCGCCUCUGUCACUUCUGAUCCCGCUACAACUGUUGUGAUGCUGCCAUACAGCUUGCACUGUGAACCUGAUCACUUGCUGACUUUUACUCAUAGCUGUGGCUGGUUGGGCCGGAUACCAGUUCAGGUACAAAAACAAUUACUUUCCUUUAUAGACAACAAUACAGACAAUAUCAAAGCCGAGUGCCUGUCACUGUACGUCCCGCCAUUGAAACACUUGUCCAGGUUAAAAGUCAGAAGUGUUUUAAGAUCUUCUGGUAUAAAGACAACGGAAAAGUUUCUACAAGCAUUAGAAAAAUUGCCUGUACCACCUUUAUUGAAACGCUAUUUAAGAUACCUUUGAGAUCUCAAAAACUAGACGACUUAAAUUGAAACAUAUUGCACAAAUAAAUAAUUUAUUAAAUAUACAGAGGUUUGUAACGAUUGGCGUAUAAAAUGAAAAUAUAUUUCGCUUAUUUAGGUAUAUCUACAUAAUUACAAUAUCAUACAAUAAUGCCUGAAGUUUAAAUUUUUGCUUCAUUUGAAGUUUGCACCGUUCGCCAUGAAGUCUUCUAUUUCAGCCACGCUGUUAUAAAAAAAAAUGGUCAAUAAAUUUUAAGAAUCUGAA